AUGACAUGCUGAUAAAACUUUGGAAUUGGGAGAAGUCAUGGGCGUGCCAGCAGGUGUUCGAAGGUCACUGUCACUACGUCAUGCAAAUAGCAAUAAAUCCGAAAGAUAAUAACACAUUUGCCAGCGCAUCCUUGGAUCGAACGCUAAAAGUAUGGCAGUUGGGGGCCGCUACGGCAAACUUCACACUGGAGGGGCAUGAAAAGGGCGUAAAUUGCGUAGACUAUUAUCACGGCGGUGACAAGCCCUACAUCAUUUCUGGAGCCGACGAUCGGCUCGUCAAGAUUUGGGAUUACCAAAACAAGACCUGCGUCCAAACUUUGGAAGGUCACGCUCAAAAUAUUAGCGCCGUCAGUUUUCACCCCGAAUUGCCGGUUGUACUCACCGGUAGCGAGGACGGUACUGUACGCAUCUGGCACGCGAACACGCACCGUCUUGAAAGCAGUCUUAAUUACGGCUUCGAGAGGGUUUGGACCAUCUGCUGUCUGAGAGGUUCGAACAAUGUGUCGAUCGGUUACGAUGAGGGUAGCAUCUUGGUCAAGGUCGGACGCGAGGAGCCGGCCGUCAGCAUGGACUCAAGCGGUGGGAAGAUAAUUUGGGCGCGUCACUCGGAGUUGCAGCAAGCCAACCUGAAGGCGUUGAAUGAGGGAGUCGAAAUACGGGAUGGGGAGCGUUUACCAGUUGCAGUCAAAGACAUGGGUGCUUGCGAAAUUUACCCGCAAACGAUUCAGCACAAUCCCAAUGGCCGAUUUGUUGUGGUGUGUGGCGAUGGGGAGUAUAUAAUUUACACUGCGAUGGCGCUGAGAAAUAAAGCGUUUGGCAGUGCCCAGGAGUUUGUGUGGGGUCAAGAUUCGAGUGAGUACGCGAUAAGGGAGGCGGGUUCGACUGUGCGCAUUUUUAAGAACUUUAAGGAAAAGAAAAGCUUUAAACCUGAUUUCGGUGCCGAAGGUAUUUUCGGUGGUUGGCUUUUGGGAGUUAAGUCGGUUUCCGGGUUGACCUUUUACGAUUGGGAGACAACUGUGCUGAUUCGUCGUAUUGAAAUACAACCGCGGUCCGUUUAUUGGUCUGACAGUGGUCGUUUAGUGUGCAUAGCUACGGAGGACAGUUUUUAUAUAUUGAGCUAUGACUCUGAAGAAGUUACAAAAGCUCGUGAAGCCGGGGAAUCAGCGGAAGACGGUGUUGAAGCUGCCUUUAACGUUUUAGGGGAAAUUAACGAAUCGGUUCGUACGGGUUUGUGGGUUGGAGAUUGCUUCAUCUAUACCAAUUCGGUUAAUCGCAUCAAUUACUACGUGGGUGGAGAGCUAGUCACUGUGGCUCACUUAGAUCGACCGCUGUAUUUGUUGGGUUAUGUUCCGCGUGAAGACCGCUUGUAUUUAAUAGAUAAAGAAUUGGGUGUUGUAAGUUAUCAACUACUUCUAUCAAUGCUGGAAUAUCAAACGGCCGUUAUGCGGCAAGAUUUUGCUACUGCCGACCGAGUUCUACAUUCCAUUCCCAAAGAACACCGUACCCGAGUCGCCCACUUUUUGGAAAAGCAAGGUUUUAAGCAACAGGCUCUGGCGGUCAGUACAGAUCCCGAACAUCGCUUUGAGUUAGCUGUCAGCUUAAAAGACGUUAAAACUGCCGAAAGUCUUGCAAUAGAAGCUAACAACCCACAGAAGUGGAAUCAACUGGGCGAGUUGGCCAUUUCAUUAAAUAAUUUAACACUCGCGAAGGACUGCAUGAAGAAAGCUCAGGAUUAUGGAGGACUGUUGCUAAUGGCAAGCAGCUCCGGUGACGUCGACCUCAUGCGUUAUUUAGCCGAAACUACUGCCUCCACUAACAAGCACAACAUCGCCUUCUUGGCUUACUUCAUGUUGGCUGACCUACACAAGUGUUUAGACAUUUUAAUCUCGACGGAUCGCGUCCCAGAAGCCGCAUUUUUCGCUAGAUCUUAUUUACCCGAUCAGAUCUCCAGGGUGGUCAAGCUUUGGCGUCAGAAGUUAUCGGUUAUAAACCAGAAGGCGGGGCAAAGUCUCGCCGAUCCAGAGCAGUACGAAAAUCUAUUUCCUGGUCUCGACGAAGCCAUUGCGACGCAAAGAUUCCUCGAAAAGGAAUAUUCCACCUUUGCGCCUUCGGUGGCGGCAGCGAGCACAGUUCCAAAUCGGAAACGAAAUCCCAUUGAAGAAAUGAAAGCGGCGGUUGCCAGUGGUCUGUUUACUUUUGGUGAUGGCUUAAAAAGUGUUGCAGAAAAACCGUUAGAAUUGCAAAAGUCUGAUGCGGUUCCCACCGGCAUACUCUUAGAUGUACCCUCGUCCACAAAAGUUCCAUCAUCAGCGGUUCCACCUGAAGACGACGAUUUAGACUUUGAUUUAGAAGGAAUGAAUUUAGAUGAUAACAUUGACACUUCCGACAUCAACAUUGAUGAUGAGUUAUUAACUGAGUAAUUGCGCCAUUUUGUAAUUUUUGUAUUAGUAUUAUUUUAACUCAUUUCCAAAGGCUCCUACAACAUCAUGUAAAGUAUAAAUAUAAAAUAGUAGUGAAUCAUUUUCACAUUGUUCUAAUAAUUUAUAAGAAAUAUAUUUGUGUAUAUUAA